AUGGUGGAAGUCGGUUACGAGCCGAUACAAGGUAGAAGAGAUGAGUUGGGACAAGGCCAUUUGAUUCGGGACUGUCCGAGUCAGGGAGCAAGCACCACUAGUGGCAGAGGGUCACGGCAGAGGCCGUUACAGUCGGCUACGGUUCAAUCAGGUUUCAGACCACCGCCGCCACCACCACAGCCUGCCUUAUCUUCUCAUGGUUCACGACCAGUUAGGAGGGAUACUCCUACUGUGUCGGCACAACAGUCUGGUGUUCAGAUUAGUAGUUCACAGGCACAGGCACAGGCACCGGAGGGGCGUGUCUUUACCCUUGCACCGACUGAUGCAUCUCCUGGAUCUUCAGUUCUCCGAGGUCUUCCAAGUGUACUCGAGACUACUGAGAAGAUUAAGUUGAUAAGACAGAGGUUACUUACAGCUCAGAGUCGACAGAAGAGUUAUGCGGAUAAGCGGAGACGAUCGUUAUCCUUUGAGGUGGGAGACCACGUUUUUCUUCGGGUUUCUCCACGGAAGGGAUUGAUGAGAUUCGGGAAAAGUGGCAAGUUGUCUCCACGAUUCAUUGGACCAUUUGAGAUUUUGGACCGUGUAGGAGAAGUUGCCUACAGACUUGCUUUGCCACCACAGUUGGAUAGGGUCCACAAUGUUUUCCAUGUAUCGAUGUUACGAAAGUACGAGCCAGAUCCAUCUCACAUUUUGAGUUGGGUUGAUAUAGACAUUGAUGAGGAUGUUUCCUACGAGGAAGGACCAUAUCAGAUCCUUGACACACAACAGAAGGUGUUGAGGAACAAGACGAUACCCAUGGUGAAAAUCCUUUGGAGACACCACGGAGUCGAGGAGGCUACUUGGGAGCUCGAACAGGAGGUUCGCUCCAAGUAUCCAGAGUUGUUUUCUUCUCCAGGUAUGUCUUGAUUUCGGGGACGAAAUCUUUUUUUAAGUUGGGGAGAAUGUAAAGUUUUUGACUUAUCUAAUGACUUUUCAACUGUGGGGCCCACCUGAGAUAUAAGGGUCAUUACAGACCCAUUUAAUUCCAAUUUGCUUUCUUUCUCGGGCAGCUUAAAUCUCUCUCUCUCGCUACUUCUGUUUUUUUUUUUUUCUUUUCUUUUUUCUUUUUCAACUUCAAUCCUUGAUUUCUCUCUCAAUUCUUGGCGGAUUUAGGUGCCGUUUGAGGCAAAACGACGAGCACGACGAGCUCUACGUGCUAGUACCAGAAAUUCCAGCUUUUGGUCCUCUUCAGGAGCUCGAAUUUAAGGACCCAUUUUAAGGGUUUUGUGCAAUCUUGAGGUAGGGGCCCUUAAUUCAUGAUGUUCUUGCUCUUUUGUGAAUUAUACCUCCUAAAUUGUUGAAAAGCAUGCUUA